AUGGUCAUUGUUGACGAUAUAUUAGAUGACAAUUCUGAUUCAUUUCCACCAUAUGCUUCACCAAAUCCUUCACCUGCUCGAGGAAUAUAUGGUUUUGCAUUAUUUAUCGUUUCAUGGUUUUCGUUUGCCUUAUAUCUAAUUUGGGCUCUUCUCCCGACUCCAUAUUUGAAAUUACUUCAUUUAACAUAUUUACCUGCCAAAUAUUGGGCCAUUGCUAUACCACUACUGUUACCAAUAGCAGUUGCUGCAUUUAUUAUUCUCGUAUUAGCGCAUAAUCUUAUCCAGUUGCAUGGUAUUUUUGAUGAUAUUGAAAUUAUAGAAGACGAUUUUGGAGGAAGUGCGAGAAUUGGUAGUGCUGAUUUGCAGUCUUUUUUUGCAAAUACAAGAAAUUUUUACGAUAGAAAAGUGUCUUAUGUCUCUGACUUAAGUGAAGACAGCAUAAGCAGUUCGUGA